CCUCGUAUCACGAUACAGUUCUGCACUCAGUGCAAGUGGAUGCUCAGGGCAGCAUAUUAUGCUCAAGAACUCCUAUCCACCUUCUCCACCUCACUAGGCGAGGUUGCCCUGCAGCCCGCAACAGGGGGCGUAUUUGUCCAGAUCAGCAGCAGCAGCAGCAGCAGUAACAGGGUAGUGCUCUGGGACCGCAAGACGGACGGCGGGUUCCCCGAGACCAAGGAGCUCAAGCGGCGUGUGCGGGACGUGAUUCAGCCGGGAAGGGAUCUGGGCCAUGUCGAUCGGGAC